GCCAUCUUGCCUCGCGCAUCGCUGCAGUGAUCCUCUGCCCGCGCUCUGUUUGUGUUGUAGUAAAUAAUGGCGGCCUCGGGAGGCGGUUUAUAUUCUACUGCCACGGGUCUGGGCACCAGCUCCCUACCGGCCCGGGCUCGCUUCCCGGGUCGUCCGUGCGCGUCUCGCGGUAAGCUGCGGUUGGAGAAACGGACCAGACGCGGAAGGUUGUGCUCGGCCGACUGCGAGCUUCCUGCCGGAGGGCCGAGGCCCGUCAACAUCGGCCUAGCGUUAAGCGAGGAUCCGUCCCUGUUGCCCCUGCUCGGGGUGGCGGAGAAGCAUAGCCGCCGAAAAGAUGCGGGCUUUGACUCCAGCAGCAGCGAAGGGGAGGACGAUUUCAUUGGAUUUGGAACCGCAAGGGCUUGCCCACAGAAAACUUCAGCUGCCAGAGAAGCUAAACCUCCAAAAGCUUCAGAACCAUCACCAGGAGCAAAACCUCUUAUUGGAAAAAUUAUUCCAAAGAUACAAAAACAGUCUCUUGUUGGAAAAAUUGUACCUAGGGAUGCUAAGGAAGGAAAAGAUGUUAAAGAGAGCCCAGUAAAAGACAUAGAAAUGCACAAAGUAGCAAUAAAAGUGCACAAUAAGCAGGAGGCUCUUUCUUCCAAAGCCAAACAGGCAGGUGAGCAGAUCUCAGGUGGUCAAAGCUGUACAACAUCAGCUGAUAUAACAAGGAAAGUAGAAGCAGCAUCUUCAGAAAGUGCAGUGGCCCAGUCCUUUUCGUCUUUUCACAAACGUCAGAGGAGGAGAACGGUUAAAGGUGUUGGUGUUUCUGCAGAAGCUGCUGCCCCGAGUGGAGAAGAGCCCAAAAUGACACUUAAGCGUAAUGCUGCAAAGGCUUCAUUAAAGAAAGUGCGGAAAAAACGCAGAGGAAGAUUUUUGUUUGGAUACAAGCGAAAGCCGUCAACAGACAUUCUCGAUAAUAAUCGGCCUAAAAUCAAAAGGGUUCGUGCUCGUGCUCGGCGGGUUUAUUAUGCCUACGUGCCUGAGCCGCUACCACCUGUGGAAAGUAAUGACCUACAGAUUCAAGGUCAGAAUGUCACCUUAUCAGAAAUGUCAGGUUUAGAGCAAGUAGACCAGAGUUCCAACAAUUCCUUAUCAACUGUAACAAGCGGACGGUCUUCCCGCACUAUUAAAACUCCAAAGAGGUUCCUGAAUGAAGAAAUUAUCCCCUUUCCAAAGGGCUCUCUGGCCACGUGGCUGAAAAGUCAGCAGAAAGAGGAUGGAAAACCAUUUCACGAGUCAGAUUAUGAUAGCAACUCGCAGCCAGUGGACACAUCUGGGGUUGACGGCUCAUCUGGCGGCUCAAAAAUGUCAUCAAAACCCAUUCCGGGAGCGAGUCACAUAGAGAUCUACAAAAACUUGAAGAAGUUGACCUUAAAACUGGCGGAGAAAAAGAGAAGCCAAGGUUACAGUCAGGAGGAUUACACAAAUCAGAGCGAUGAUUUGACUGCUCAUGUGAGGAAGAAACGGAAACCAAAGCUCGUGAUGGAGGAGCUGGACUCUCCCGGAGUCGUGAGGAAAGUGGCUUUAGUGGUGGAGGCGGAUGUUGAGUCUCCCAAGAAAAUCGCAUCUGAAGAUGCAGAUGAAGCAGUUGGCAUGAAAGAGGCAAGUAGUGAGGUGCUGGAUACAGGCGCCAGCCAUCGGAUUGGUCUAAGUGGAGCUAAUAAGAGGAUGCUCCACUUGUUGAAGAAAGCCAAAGUGCAGCUCAUAAAGAUUGAUCAGCAGAAGCAGCUCAAGCUGACACAGUUGGGCUUAGGAGAAUCUCAAGUGCCGGUGAGUGGGAGGAGGAGGAAGAGGAGAGUUGGACUGUCUGCCAAAGAGGUUCCUCCACAGGAGCAGCCGCUUGGAGGUCCGAGGAUCAAACACGUGUGUCGGGCCGCAGCGGUGGCAUUGGGCCAGCCUCGGGCCAUGGUGCCGGAUGACAUUCCCAGACUCAGCGCUCUGCCGCUUCACGAGAGGGAGGGCAUCACCUUUUCCCCCGCAGCAGAAGAUGUUGCUGAUGACGAUGACGACGACGAUGAUGGCAAUGAUGACAUAUCUGAUCAAGGCAGGGCCCAGUGGGUUGUCCCUCAGGAAUGCAUCAAGCGCAGGAGGCGGAGGAUGGCGCGCAAGUUCAAAAACAGGAAGAUUCAGAGUCAGUUUAUCGUUGGGGGAGUCCGUUCCCGACGCUGUGGAAUCUGCAAAGGCUGCUUGGUAGAAGAAGACUGUGCAAAGUGUAUGAACUGCCUGGAUAAACCCAAAUUCGGAGGCCCAAACACAAAGAGGCAGUGCUGCAUAUACAGGAGGUGCGAUCGGAUUGAGAAGGCAAAGUUGGACCGCCUUAUAAAGCCUUUAAAAAUCCAGGCGAAGCGGUACUUGGCCUACACCUCUGAUGCAAACAGGAGCGCCAGAGCAUCGGGCGAAGGUUCGCCCCUGACAGCGUUCGGCACCAGGAAGCAGUCGCUGCGUAAAACCAAGCCGCGCUCGUACAGCAGACUGCUUAAAUCUGAGUCUGAAGAGGAGCAAGAAGAAACGGAAGCUUUCCAAGAUGGCGCUGUGCAUGAUCCACCCACCGAGUCCUUAAAGAAUCGUAGGCUAUUUUCCAAAAGUGUUGGCAGCAGACUGAAACCCUACAAGAAUCCUGCUGAGUGUGCAUCAGUGAACACCCUGACAGGAAUAACUAAUGGAUUUCCCCAAAGGGGCGUGUUGAAGAGCAAACACAAGAUCCGUGUGGACUUCAAGGAGGACUGUGCAGUCCAGAACGUCUGGUUGAUGGGCGGUCUCAGCGUUCUCACCUCUGUCACAUCGACUCCUCUGCCCAUCUGUCUGCUGUGCGCCAGUAAAGGAAGACAUGAGGUGGAGAUGAUUUUCUGCCAGAUCUGCUGUGAACCCUUCCACAUUUUUUGCCUCCCACCUGAGGAGUGCCCCCUGGAGGAGUCUAAGGAGAACUGGAGUUGCAGGCGCUGCAAAUUCUGUAACGUGUGCGGCCGUAGAAACAAGAGCUCCAAGCCUGUGUUGCAGUGCAGAAGAUGCCAAACCUCUUAUCAUCCUUCCUGCCUGGGACCAACAUACCCAAAGCCAAUAAACUGCUCCAUUCCCUGGGUGUGCAUGACGUGCAUUCGCUGUAAGAGCUGUGGCGUGACUCCUGGAAAAACUUGGGGGAUGACCUGGAACCACGAACAAGACCUCUGUCCCGACUGCACCGCUCUCCACAAGAAAGGUCAUUUCUGCACCGUCUGCCACAAAUGUUAUGAAGAGCACAGCCAACCCCCGGAGACGAUGCAGUGCUCAAAGUGCAGCCACUGGAUUCAUUAUGAAUGUGAAGAACUUUCAGAAGAGUUUUUCGGGCUGCUAAAUCAGCCAGGCAGCAUGGAUUUUACGUGCACCCCAUGCAAACAGCACCACAUUGAACAAAGCAGCUUGAAGGAAGAACUGCAGAGGAAGCUGAUGGCCGGGCUGGAGGAGGUGCUCGCUGACCUCCUCUCGUCCAGCAACACUCAGCACCUCCUGCUCUGUAAAGAGUGUCGGGAAGUGAACACAACUCCAGCUGUUCAGGAACAGCAACAUGUCUGUGAUCUGAAAGCUGUGGAGAAGAAAUUUAAAGGAGGUGGCUACGCCUCAGUAAAAGCCUUUCAUUUGGAUGUUGCUGCUGUGUUGAGAAAAUGGUUGAAGGAAGAGGAACUUCUCCCCGAAGAUCAGAGACCGACCGUACAGUCCAGAUCACACUAUGUCCAAGCGAUGAAGCUGGUCUUUAGUUGGUUCCCUACGUGCCAUCUCAAAAAGUGGAACUCCUUUUCUGAAGAGUUUCCAAAUGGCAUGCUCCCAGAGGCAGUCCUGCCUCCUUCUAAAGAGCAUAGUUAUGCACAGUGGAUGGAGAAGACAUACCAGCCCAGAGACUCCAGGGUCCUGCAGACUCAGCCUGACUGUAAGCCAUCUUCAGACCUCACACAGGAAUCUGGUGCACUGCUCAACACCCCCAUUUAUUCACAAGAAUCCACUAAGACUAAAGAUUUGAGGCAGUGUGUCCUGUGCCAGCAAAAUGGAGACGCAGCUUCAAAUGAGGCAGGGCGGCUGUUGUAUUUGGGACAAAAUGAGUGGGCUCACAUCAACUGUUGCCUGUGGUCUGCAGAGGUUUAUGAGAAGGAUGGUGCUCUAUUGCAGGUGCACAGUGCUGUCUCAAGGGGGCGCUACUUGCGUUGUGAUCGUUGCGGGCAAUCAGGAGCCACCGUGGGCUGCUACCUCGCCAACUGCCAGAGUAAUUUUCACUUCAUGUGCGCUCGAGCCAAUAGGUGUGUGUUCCAGCAGGACAGAAAAGUGUACUGCUACGCACACAAGGAUCUCCUCAGCACAAAGACUGUGUCAGGAAAAGGGUUUGAAGUGCCUCGCCGGGUGUAUGUGGACUUUGAGGGGAUCAAUCUCAGAAAAAAGUUUCUCACCGGCAUUGAGCCAGAAAACAUAAACAUGACAAUUGGUUCUCUGCAGAUUCAGAAACUCGGUGUGUUGUCAGAGCUGUCUACAGUUGGGAGGAUGCUGUAUCCCGUUGGUUAUCAAUGUUCUCGGUUGUACUGGAGUACUGUGGACCCCCGGAGACACUGUAAGUACACCUGUAAGGUGACAGAAGUGAGCUCACCUCUCCCUGGUGAAGAACAAGAUCUGAGGUGGGACAAAGAAGAGAACCACACCAUAAUCCACAGCCCUAACCACCUCAGAGAUGACCCGGAUCUCCCAGAUAUGGAGUCCCCAGAUUGUUUAAGCUCCUCUUCCAGCCCAGUCAAGUCUGCAACCCCGUCGCCCAACUCCAAAAUACACAACACACCUGGUUCCAAAAGUCCUGGUUACUCUCAGACCAGGAGACCUGCAGGAGGAUCAUCACGUCCUCUUCCAUCUCCAGGCUGUGCUCAUAAAUCUCAUCACAUCCUGACACUGAGGGACCUUGAUGACCCUCGUCGUCCUCGCAGGCUCUCAGCAAGACGACGCUGCAGCUCCUCGCCGACAGAAAGCAGCCCGCCUGUACCGACGAGUCUUCGCUCCAUAAGCUCCAGAUCCGCUUUGUUCAGCUCUCAUCCAAGAUCUUCAAACGUAGGAUCCGCCUCUCCUCCGCUCUCACGGCAAAACUCAACAUCUCCGGUUUGGAACUCCCCUUCUAAAUCCAACGCCAGUGUUUCUCCGGGGCUUUCACCUCGACAAGGGGCGAUCUCUCACUCCCCCCGAGGAACACAAAACUUUAAAAUCACAACCCUGGUGUCCACAGAGGUUCCCCAAGACUUCUUGGCAUUGUCUGAGGCAGAAGAUGCAGCUGUGGCCACAACAAAUGGGAUCUCUCUUGCUCCUGGUAACCUGGAGGAGGAAGUAGCCCACCUGAUGUCUCAGGAGCUGCCUUACACGGUUUUUGACGCAGAUGUAGCAGUGGCCUCUAUGCUGAACACUAAACUUGAGUUUGACGAGGCUCUCCUUGCUGAGAAUGUGACUCCUACCAGCGCUAGAGAGCUGGAAGGUGGAGCACAGAAAGACGAUCGGGACAAAGACUCCGACGAUGAAGACUUGAGUCAUUAUGUCAAAUUUACCCGUACGGUUGUGAGUAAUGCAGCAGGUAGCUCAGACGCCUCCAGUCAGCCUCCUUCUGCACCUUCAAUAUCACAGUUGGAUGGGGCUGACAGCGGGUCAGAGAGUGAGGAAAGCAAGGUGCUCAAAGGACAAACCAAAAUUCACACUGUUCACGCCACACCUACAAAACGUCUAACAGUUAAUCUGACGAGGCUGGAGCGAAUCUACACUUUGCCAAAACUAAACACUGAGCACCAAACUACUGAGCCAGAGUCACAAGAAAGUUUAUCCUCUCCCGUUUUUAUGGAUUCAAGUUGCAUCAGCAAUGACGUGUCGUUACAAGAAGAGGAGGUCCAGAUGACCCCAGACACACCAACAUCUCACGAUGAAGUGUUUCUGGAUUCAGAGACGGGGCGUUUUGUUUCAGCUGCAGAGAGCCCCGUAGUGAACGCAAUGCACAGUAAAGUUCAGGCCAUAGAUGACAGUUCUUCAUCAUCAGACCUGUCUUUAGGAUAUAAAGAUGAUUUGCGUGAUGCUGAUUUUCAUCCAGCGUUCGAACAACCAAUGAUCAAGAAACCCAUUAUGGUGAAGAAAAAACAGCCUACAUCAAACCUUAAGCUUCUGUUGCCACAACAGAACCUUCAUCUCCAGCCAACAGUCAAUGUCUUGGCCGCUCGACCCAGACAGACUGUAAAUAUUUCUCCCCGCGGUUCUGCUACUUUCUGCACAGUCCCGCGCCCAGUCUCCUCCCCUAUCAUAAUCAAUGGUUUAAGCACUUUACCUGUUCAGCCUGGUUCCAUACGGGGCAGAACCAUUGCAAUUCGCUUGGACAAUCCCAAGCCAGUACAGCCGAAGGUGGUUCAGAAUCAGGCUGAGGUGGCAGGCUUGCCCACUCCCCAGACUCCUGUCCGUCAGGUCCUACUCGUCAACCGUCAGGGGCAGAUUCUCAUCAAAGACCCGAGAACAAACAUGUUUCAGACACUUACUGCAACCACACCUGCUUACAACAAGAUAAGCCAAAUCGCUAAAAUGCUCCACAGCGGAAACACUUUUAAUCCGUCUGUUCCUUGUGUCGUAACAAAGCCUCAGCCCAGCCCGUCUGACCUGAACAGCCCUCCUGCUAGCAACCACACGACAGCAGAGAAGAAAAUAAUCUUCAGAGUAUUACCUGUGAAAAGCAGCCCUCCCCUAGCUCCUGUUAGUGUGGAAACUGUUCCUCAACUGAGUUUUUCCAACAUUGAACAAAGCACAGCUCAAGCUAUUCUCAACAAAGCAAUGGCUACUCACCGUGAUGCGCCAAAGCCAAGAACCAUCAUUCUAAGCAAUACUCAGCAGCUAAUUACCAGAAGUCGAAGACCAUCCCAAGUUCCAUGCACAGAUAAUUCAGAGCAAUCAUCGGUGGAGCGUUCAGAGUCCCCCAGUGUUUUUAGUGGGGAAUCAAAACGCCAUCAAGUUCGAGUAAAAAGAGUGUCCUCUGCAUCGGAAAAGCCUUCCAGGAAAAAAUCUAAAAUGGAUAUUUUGAAGAUUCCGUCAAAUGAACCGGAGGAAGGUCAGCAAACCAGGGCAAAAAGUGUUAGAAUGAAAGCUCCAACGAUAAAUGAAGUCCUUGACCUGAAUCAGGAGAUCAUGUCUGAACCUGAGCCAGUGAAGAGCCCAGCUUCACCACCUCCUGCUCCUCUUAAACCUCCCAUGCCAUGCAGGCAUCCUCGGGCUCCAAGUUCACCUUCAUUCCCACAAUCCAACCCUCAUCCCAAGGUUAAAACGGACACCUGGGUCAGCGCUCGCCACGGAGACCUGUCUGAGUGGGGCCCCUAUACAGGUUUUAGCUCAGAAGAAGAAGUCUCGGCACUGAAAAACAGAAAGAAGACGCGUAUGAAUCAGCCUCACCUGCGUUUUGAAAUCACCAGCGAGGAUGGCUUUAGCGUUAAGGCUAACAGCAUAGAGGUUGCCUGGCGUGCUGUGAUUGACGGCGUGCUUGAAGCCCGAGCAGACUUCCACCUGAAGCAGCUUCCUCUGGGCGUGAUGAGCGGGCCGCGGAUGCUUGGCGUCGUCCACGAUGCCGUCAUCUUCCUGCUGGAGCAGCUGGAAGGCGCCACUCACUGCAGACAGCACCGCUUCCGUUUCCACCGCUGUGACGACGUCGAGGAGGAGCUGCCUCUCAACCCAAGCGGCUGCGCACGAACAGAAGUCUACACACGGAAAGCAACGUUUGACAUGUUCAACUUCCUGGCGUCACAACACAGAGCUCUCCCUGAUUUUAUAGGUCCCUUCGAUGAAGAUGAUGAUGAAUUUCCCUUCAAAGCCUCUAGGCGAGCUACUAGCACCGAGCUCCCCAUGGCGAUGAGGUUCAGACACCUGGAAAAGAUCUCUAAAGAAGCAGUGGGCGUUUACAGAUCUGCAAUUCACGGUCGAGGACUCUUCUGUAAAAGAAACAUCGAUUCUGGAGAGAUGGUGAUCGAAUAUGCCGGCACGGUCAUUCGCGCUGUUCUGACCGAUAAACGAGAGAAAUACUACGACAGCAAGGGCAUCGGCUGCUACAUGUUCCGCAUCGACGACUUCGACGUGGUGGACGCAACAAUCCAAGGCAACGCUGCUCGUUUCAUCAACCACUCCUGCGAGCCGAACUGCUACUCCCGCGUCAUCAACGUGGACGGCCGCAAGCACAUCGUAAUCUUCGCGCUGAGGAAGAUCUACCGGGGUGAAGAGCUCACCUACGACUACAAGUUCCCGAUCGAGGACGACGAGAGCAAGCUGCGCUGCAACUGCGGUGCGAGGCGGUGCCGCCGCUACCUCAAUUAGUACCGUUAACCUGAAGGAGGCUGCGGCGUUGAAGCUAUUAGAAGAAUAGAAACACGGAGUCGUAAAAAACGAGCCAUCAAUGACAUCUGGGGACGAAUUCGAUGGUAUCAGAGCGGUGGAUAGUUGUAGUGUUUUUAGGUUUUCUGUACUGUUUUGUCGUUUCCUGUCACGCUCUUCAGGUGUUGGUGACCUCCGGGUCUGGACUGGUUAUUACCCACACCUACAAACGGUGAGCAGAAGCUGAUUGCAGUCAUUACUUUGUAAAGAGGGAUUCACUCCUGUGCUGCAGACGGCGCGUCUCUGCGAACAGGAGGUCAAAGAGGAGGACGAGGGGAAUUUUUUUUUCGGCACCUUACUUUGGCACAAACUUCCCUGGCAGCAUCGCCGUCGCAGCAGGCAGGGCACGUUUUCAUUUCCACACAAAGUAAACACAUUACACUCGAAGCACCUUGUGUACGUUUGUAGAGCAGCUACAUUUUAACUUCACUGGUGAGCAGGGACUUUGAUAUUUCAGGUGCUGGUGAGGUCCCCCCCCCCCAAUAAAUGUUAUGUUUUAUUAAUCAUCUUGUUUGUCCGAGCCGAUCUGAGUGUUUUUAUCCCACAGUUAUAUUCUGUUCUCUUGUCAUUCUGUUGUGCAUUUUAACGCUCAUAAGCGUGACUUUUCAA